AUGGUUUGGAGCUCAAACAGAGACCACAUGGUGCAGGAAAACGCAACCCUUAUACUUACCUCCACUAAAGAACUUCUGUUAAUGGACACAGAUGGCAGUCUCGUCUGGUCUACAAAUACUUCUACCCAAGAUUUUGAAGGGAUAGUGAUAAAAGAAUCAGGAAACCUUGUUCUCUUGAACACCUUCAACGGGACAGCAAGAUCUGUAAUUGACUAUGUAACAAUCUUUACUGAUGAGCUCACUUUGUGCAAGUAUCCAACGCCAUGUGGAAGCUAUGGUGUUUGCACAGGUGCGCAGUGUAGCUGUCCAAAAGAGGGCAAUGUUUUUUAUCAGGUUGACGCCACAAAGCCCAAUUUAGGCUGCCUUACCCACAGACCUGUUGUAUGCUCAGAUACUUCCAUAAACAAUAACAGCGCUAGUGGUGGUCACCUUUUGGAGCUGGAGCAUUAUGGUGCCAAUUUUUCCAGAGAUCUUUUUUAUCUGGAGUCCAAUGGCUUUUCUCUUCAAAUGAAUAAUCAAAGCGAUGAGUUUUAUAAUUCUACUGCUUAUAUUAAAGUUCACUUAAUGCCUGAGAAGAAUAAGCAUUUAGUUUUAGUUACCACUCUUUCUGCUAUUGGUGGAGUACUUCUCUUGUUUCUGUUAUUAUGUUCAUGCAUAAGGAAGUAUCUAAAGGUCAAACAAGAAAAGGAAAAACAUGAGGAUGAUCGCAUUGAUCUGCCGGCAAGAUUACCGCUGCAUUACUCGUUCCAAGAAUUGCAGAUUGCUACAAAUAAUUUCAGUGUAAAGUUGGGAAGAGGGGGAUUUGGUUCCGUUUAUGAAGAAAAAACCCAUCGAAUGCUCGUCUACGAGCAUUUACCAAAUGGGUCUCUAGAUAUAUGGAUAUUUCCGAACAAGAUGCAUCAUUAUAUUGCAAGAGGAUUAGCAUAUUUACACGAGGAUUGUCGAGAAAAGAUUAUAUAUUUCGACAACAAACCUCAGAACAUUCUUCUAGACCAAAAUUUCAAUGCGAAGGUCUCAGAUUUUGGCUUGGCAAAGCUGGUUAAGAGAGAGGAAAGUGAAGUUAUAACCUUGCUGAGAGGGACACCAGGGUAUACAUUUCACGAAGAAGGCGGAUGUAUUUAG